GAACAGAACGCUGCGCGCAUGCGUCGUGCGCAAACGACGUCACUUUUCCCAAGUAGGAAAGGUUGGUGCUGUUAGAUGGAUCCCCGUGUUGUCGUUGAUUUUCCUUUCUUUUUCCAAUGAAAAAUAUAGAUGCUCGUUUUUGUAAAAUGAAAUAUCGGUCGCCUCGUGCAUGGACCACCGUGCUGCUCUGCGUCCUGAUCUCAGGGCGGCUGGUGGAGGCCAUAGAGCCCGUGUGCAGCUCGCUGCUGCUGGGGACCGGAGUCGCAGCGCUGGGCAGGAAGCUCUAUCACUAUUUAUACGAAACCUGUAAUGAGAGCUGGCUCAACUUUAAUGCGAUAGGACUGAAGAAUGACCUCAACACGAAGCUGUACGGGCAGCAUGUCGCUGCUGAGGUUAUCAUCAAAGCCGUCACGGGCUUCAUGAACAACAAAACCCCAAAGAAACCGCUGGUUCUGUCCCUCCACGGCUGGACGGGGACCGGGAAGAACUUCGUGAGCCAACUCAUAGCAGAAAAUAUUUACGAGAAAGGCAUGACGAGCAACUUCGUUCAUCUGUUUACAGCGACGGCACACUUUCCCCAUGAGGCUCACAUCGACUCGUACAAGACACAGUUACAGGAGUGGAUACGAGGGAAUGUUUCCAUCUGCCCGCGUUCAAUGUUCAUCUUCGAUGAAAUGGAUAAAAUGCAUCCCGGACUGAUCGACAGUAUUAAACCUUACCUGGACUUCUAUGACAACCUGAACGGAGUGUCGUACAGACAGGCCAUCUUCAUCUUCCUCAGCAAUGCCGGGGGUGAGAACAUCGUCCAGGUGGCUCUGGAUUUCUGGAGGGAUGCUAGAGAACGAGAGGAGAUCCAGCUGAAGGAUCUAGAGACGGCACUUUCACUGUCAGUCUUCAACAACAAAAACAGUGGUUUCUGGCACACCAGUUUAAUCGAUAAGAACCUGGUGGAUUUCUUCGUGCCGUUCCUUCCUCUGGAGUACAAGCACAUCAUUCAGUGCGGCUUGGCUGAGAUGGUCUCCAAGGGUCACGUCCCAGAUAAAGAAGUGGUUGAAAGCAUGGCCCGCGACCUGAACUACUUCCCUAAAGAGGAGCGUGUGUUCUCCAUGCAGGGCUGCAAGGUUAUUCCCAGCAGACUGGACUUCUAUAUUUGAUCCGAGAGCGCAAAAAACAAAGACUCAAAGACAGCAAACCUGUGAUCUACCGUGUGCUUUAUUCCACAGAACUGCAAUCGAAGGAAUUGCAGAUUUGCUCCUGAGACUGAAUGACAUGCUAGGAGGUUUUUUUACUCAAUCACAGUUGUUUUAAACAAUAAUGGAGACUGUUUUAUUCAUGUUUGAUCAGCUGCUGGAGUCCUUGUUCUCAAGGGCGUUUC